UAUGAUUUGUAAAUCAGCGGCUGGCAAAGAGCAGAAGGAAAUCGAAGUGCACUGUUUCUAACAGGAACUGAGAGGAAGUACUGCAGGAGGAACAACCAACAUCUACUUCCUGCACAAGCUGUGGCUAAACUGAAGACUCAACAGGAAAUCCAGAGAGACGAAGAGGGAGAGAGACAGAUAGAGCGAGAGAGACAGAGAGAGAGAGACUGACGGGGAGAGAGAGAGAGAGUUUAUAGAGAUGACCGAGUUCUGGGUGUGUUUCAGCUGCUGUAUUGCCGAACAACCACAACCUAAGAGGAGGCGGCGGAUCGAUCGCUCCAUGAUUGGAGAACCUACCAACUUUGUUCACAUGACACAUGUAGGAUCUGGAGACAUGGGCACGGGCCUCUCAGCUGUAAACUCAGUGCAGGCACAGAUGAAAUCUAAAGGUGGUUAUGGGAACGGUGCUGUGGCGGCUGUACAGUGAGAUGAGUGAAGCCCAGUGUGUGUGUGACCUGCUGAUCUUGAACAACCAAUGAGGAGUAUCGCUGGACCCAAAAACACACACAGCUUACACACACACACACACACACACACACUGGAUGAGUGUAAGUCAUACACUGGUAUGGAAGAGUGAUAUAAUUAGUGAGACUGAGAGAGUGUGACACAGAUAGUGUGAGAGGAUGAAUAAAUGAGUGAAUGAAUGAAUGAGUGAGGAAAUUAAUACAUGUGCAAAUGAAUGAGUGAGUGAGUUGCGCUAUUCUGAUAGGAGUAUAAACAUUAGCCAGCAUGAUUGCAUCACACCCACACACCAGCCAAUCAGCAUUCAUACUCUCCCCCGCAAAGUAUGGUGGAGGUUUUACUCAUGAGAUGGUUAAUCUCACAGAUUCAAUGAAUGGUGGCUGGGCCACUGAGCAAUACACACCCACACACCGAGUGUUAGUGAGUGAGUGAGUGAGUUAACGUUUAUGAUGAAUGAAUGUUUAUGAUAAGUGAGUGUUAAUGAUGAGUGAAUGUUUAUAAUGAAUGAAUGAACGUGGAUGAUGAAUGAAGCUGGGUUGAGGAUUUUAGAUGCUUCUAUAUUUGCUGUAUAAAUGACAGAUUGUUGGUGGAUUUUUUGGUUAUUAUUUUUUAAUAGUUUUAAUUGUGCUGUGAUGAAUAAACUUGAUGUGUGACGUCACUGUAACGUUUUCCAUCAUGAGCAGUUUUGUACAGAAACCAUCUUUUCAUUCUCCUGUCUGAAUAAACACCACCAAACACCA